CCUUACAUCACGCAUGCGCAGCGGGCGGAGCCUGCGGAAGUUCUGACGGGAAGGUCUUUUUGUUUGGGCCACAGAGAGAUUCGUCACUGGCUUUGAUUCCCCUGGUUAAAAACCGUUUUUUAUCUGCAUUAAUUUCGGGUGUCUUUUAUGAAUAAUCAAAAGCAGCAAAAGCCAACGCUAACAGGCCAGCGUUUCAAAACGAGGAAAAGAGAUGAAAAGGAGAGAUUUGACCCUACUCAGUUUCAAGAAAGUAUCGUACAAGGCUUGAAUCAAACUGGCACUGAUUUGGAAGCAGUCGCGAAGUUCCUUGAUGCCUCUGGCGCCAAGCUUGACUACCGCCGAUAUGCAGAGACACUCUUUGACAUCCUGGUGGCUGGUGGAAUGCUGGCCCCAGGUGGGACUCUGUCGGACGACAUGACCCGCACUGAGUUCUGCCUCUUCACGGCACAAGAAGACCUGGAGACAAUGCAAGCAUAUGCUCAGGUUUUUAACAAGCUGAUCAGGCGUUACAAGUACCUGGAGAAGGGUUUCGAAGAGGAGAUCAAGAAGUUGCUGCUGUUUCUGAAGGGAUUCACUGAGUCUGAGCGCAACAAACUGGCCAUGCUGACCGGCAUCCUGCUGGCCAACGGCAACAUAUCAGCCUCCAUCCUGAACAGCCUCUUCAACGAGAACCUCGUCAAGGAAGGAGUGUCUGCAGCCUUUGCUGUCAAGCUGUUCAAAUCAUGGAUCAAUGAAAAGGACAUCAACUCAGUGGCUGCCAGUCUCCGCAAAGUCGGCAUGGACAACAGGCUGAUGGAACUCUUUCCUGCCAACAAACGGAGCUGCGAGCAUUUUUCUAAGUACUUCACCGACGCCGGGCUGAAGGAGCUGUCCGACUUCGCCCGCAACCAGCAAUCCAUCGGCGCCCGCAAGGAGCUGCAGAAGGAGCUCCAGGAGCAGAUGUCCCGCGGUGACCCUCAGAAGGAGAUUAUCGCCUUCACCAAAGAGGAGAUGAAAAAGGCCAACCUCUCUGAGCAGACCAUGAUCGGCAUCAUCUGGACCAGCGUGAUGAGCUGCGUGGAGUGGAACAAGAAGGAAGAGCUGGUGACCGAACAAGCCAUCAAACACUUGAAGCAAUACAGCCUUCUGCUGAAAGCCUUCACCUCCCAGGGUCUGUCGGAGCUCAGCCUGCUGCUGAAGAUCCAGGAGUACUGCUACGACAACAUCCACUUCAUGAAGGCCUUUCAGAAGAUCGUGGUGCUCCUCUACAAAGCGGAUGUAUUGAGCGAAGAGGCCAUAUUGAAGUGGUACUCUGAUGCCCACCUCAGCAAGGGGAAGAGCGUUUUCCUCGAGCAGAUGAAAAAAUUUGUGGAGUGGCUGAAGAACGCCGAGGAAGAGUCGGAAUCGGACGAAGAGGAGACAGACUAAAACCUCCGCCGCCAGAUUUCUUUUUUUUUUGUUCCUUUUCUUUCUUUCUUUUUUUUUAAGUAGCAGCAGGAGCAGUAAAAACGUCUAUUUUUUUCCUCUUCUCUCUCUUCUGUUACUUCUGUAUCCCCAGACACAACGAUCUGUCGAACCGCUCCCAACGCGUUAUUUUAGCAAAGUUAAAAGCGAAUGAAGGGCUCGGUCCUUGUCCACGACUCGUCUCGGUAUCACAGUGGAGACCGGAUGAAUACGUCCCUCUUUUCGUUUGGUAUCCGUGUUGUCGCGAUGCCUUCUGUAAAAAUCUGGACGCAAAACAUUCCAUGUGAUCUCGAUGGCCGCCGCUUAUAUGAAUCAGAAUCAUGCGACUUCAAGGCCGACGAAAAUGUUAAUGUAAUUUUGCCAAAGUUUAUUUUCUUUUCUUUUCUUUUAAAAUCUCCCCUUGAACUUUUUAUUUUGUCCCAACUCUUUUUUGUUUUGGCUCCUGUUGGGUCUUAAAUCGGCCCUGUUUUCUUUCUUCACUUUCGGGUCACCCUGUACGGCGCGUCGAGGUCCGUCAGAAGACACACCUCCCCCACCUGUAAGAUGCCUCGCCAGCUAACUGAUUAUUAUUGGUUUCUACUUUCUUUAAUCUGAUAUAAACCGAUUUGACUUUUUUAUGAAAUAAAGAUUAUUGAAAUGCU